UCUGCGCCAUGCCUCGCAGAGGCGUGUCCUCCAGCUCGUGCACGUUCGUAUUUAGUACAACAUAGAAGAAACAGCCUUUAGCAGCCUUUAGCCCUUUACUCGUCCACGGUCUUUCGCGGCGGAAAGGCGGGUGCGCGUGAAAAUUCAUUUUGAGGAAGGGAGAAACGUAAAGAAAGGAAAGGAAGAAACGAGAGGGUAGCGGUAGCUGACUAGCUGCUGCGACGGAUUCGUCGUCGUCGCCGCCGUCGCCGCCGUCGUCGAUCUGGCGACUUUAAGGGAAGAGCGCAGUUUCCAGUAGAUAGAGGAUGUAACGAUUUCCGCGAGGUCUUCUCGUGAGGAAAGGAAGAGGAAAGAAGAGGCGAGCAGCUCGCAGCGAUCGGUGGCGAUUUUCUAAAUCGAGGGGGAGGGGCGCUUCGUCAUCGGGAGGGAAGUUCAUGGCGUGAGGUGUUAUCGGUGCGCAAACGGACUCGCCCGUUUUCUUCGCGGAGAAGAGCUGAAGCUCAUCGACAGUCUACAGGAUGCACGCGGUUGGAUUGCACUCGGCGCUGGCCAUCAAGCGUCAGCGAAUGCGCCGGGACGAGCAGCGUCGCGCGCGCGAGCGUCGUUAUAGCGCGCAAUCGGGCGAAAGUGGCCUGACAUCGCCUAGGGCCUCGACAGGAUCGCUGGACCACCACGGCAGGCAUCACAAGGGCACGCAUGGCGGGACGCGUGCGGCCGGCCAGGGCGACCUCGCUCACUGGGGCACCAAGGCAUCUGGCGGUUGGUGGAAUGAGCUGGUCGCGGUCGGCCUGUUCGCAAUCCUAGUCGGAAUUUUCUUGAUCAUUUUGAAUCGCGUGAUCGCGAAGAAGGAGGAGGACGAUCUCGAGGAAUACGUACAACGGCAGCUCACCAGAUCCCGAUCAGGACAUCGAUUGGAGCGGGAUGUGGAAACCGGUGGACUGACCACUCGUCACGCCAGACGGGCGAAACAGAUGAGACAGGUAUCAUCGGAUACAUGUCUCGAGAUCAAGGACAAUGGCAAAGUCGACGGCGGCGGUUCGCCGCCACGGAGCCCGCCACCGGCGUACACGCCGCAGGUCGCGAUCAACGGCGACAAUCAGUCGGCGGUCCAGUCGGCACUGUACCUGGAGCAGAUUACUGAGGAGGAGAUCAUCAGCGACCGUGUCGAGACCUCGACCACCAAUAGCCUCAGCCCAAGCUCGCCCAGCGAGACCCGAGAGCUGCUACAGAACGCGCGAUACUCGAAGCAGAAUGGAAACCCGCAGCAGGUUCAUCGACCGCUUUACAUCUCCAAGAUCUAAAGGGUAGGAUCGAAAGAGGAAGAAAGGUGCGACACACAACAAGCGUAUAACGCGUACGCGCGGAAAAGUUUACUUUUUAUCCAUUCUUAUCGGCGUCUUCCGACUGCAAUAUUCUUGGGAGUGAAAUUCCGCAGUCAGCGUACAUCCUCCCGCAUCGAUGCGGGCAAAUCGUAUAAUAACAUUGCGAGGAAACACAACUCUGGCAAAAAAGACAGUGAGCGAAACGAAACGCGACGCUGCAAGAUGAUCAAAACAGGCAGACCCGAGAAGACGGAAUCUCCGCGUGGAUUAAGUAGCGACUUUUACGCGAUACGUCCUCAUACUUAUUUCGAAUCGAGACGUACGACUUUUACACGACGUAACGCGACAGUCCUCAUAUUUAUUUCGAAUCGAGACGUACGUCGUGAUAUCUGAGCAUUUCUUCCGAGAGGAAAACUUCCAAAGAGAGCUUGAAAAGCGAAACUUUCGAUAAUCAUACACACAUAAUCACAAACACAAACGUACAUACGUACAACACACUCGACGGACGGACGAAGGUAGGAAAUCGAAGAAUCGAAUUCAAGGACCAAGAACACUACCCGUGGAGAUUAUAUCAUAGAAAGAAGCACAACUUUGCGAAACGACUUUACUAUU